UAUUUAUGCACUUUUUCAUCCAUUAAGCAAGGAAUCUAUACUCAGAAACCUAAUUAAUUUCAUUCUCUGCACAUCACUCUCAUUGUCCAUCAAACAACAACAACAAAAGAUGGAAGGUGAAAUCAAGAACUUGCUCCAAGUAUGGUUCUCAAUCGCAGCCUCUCUCUGUUACUGCUACUUCAUCUCUUCAAAACUCCCCAAAGGCAAGCACAGACUCCUCUCUCUCCUCCCCAUCUUCUUUCUCUUCACUCUCCUCCCUCUCCACCUCUCCUCCGCCUUCGUCGCCUCCGUCACCGCCUUCUUCAUCACCUGGCUCGCCUCCUUCAAACUCCUCCUCUUCUCCUUCGAUCUCGGCCCACUCUCUUCCAACCCACCACAACCCCUCUUUCUCUUCAUCAUCAUUGCUUGUCUCCCCAUCAGAACCAAACAAAUUUCAGAGACAUCAUCAAAACCCACAAAUUUGCCUCUCAAUUUAGCUUCAGAACUGGUGGUUCUGUCCCUCUUGAUCGGUGUGGUCCACGAUUACAGAGAGCUUCUACACUCUACGAUUCUCUUGAUAUUGUACUGUUGCAUGGUGUUUCUCAUGGUGGACGUACUGGUGGCGCUAUCCAACGCCGCCGUCAGAGCCACCGUGGGGUUGGAGCUCGAACCACCCUCCGACGAGCCCUACCUAUCAACCUCUCUCCAAGAUUUCUGGGCAAGACGAUGGAACCUCAUGGUAACAAACACACUGCGACACACCAUAUACAAACCCGUCAGGUCGGCCUGUGAGCCGAUUCUAGGCCGAGAGUGGGCCUCACUGCCAGCUGUCCUUUCGGCUUUUCUCGUGUCCGGCUUAAUGCACGAGCUUUUAUUCUACUACGUCACACGUGUGAGUCCCUCGUGGGAGACGACCGGUUUCUUCGUGUUACACGGUGUGUGUGUGGUGUUGGAAGCCUGUGUGAAGAGGAAGGUAACCGGCAGGUGGCGGUUGCAUUGGGCCGUGUCUGGGCCUUUGACUGUUGGGUUUGUAGUGGGCUCUAGCUUUUGGUUAUUUUUUCCACCUCUAUUGAGGAAUGGUGCAGAUGUGAAGGUGCUCAAUGAGUUCAAAUUUUUUGUGAACUUUGUAAAGAGAAACCUUAUACUAAUUGGUCAAAAAAUUGUAUGGUAGUUUAUGGGUGUCUGAUUUUGUUACACAUUUUAAAAAGUAUGUACACAUAUUUUGUUUGGUUAAAAAUAGUAAUUUAUCAUUUUUGAUGGAGUGUUUACACUGUUUGGGUAUAAGGUCUAUAUAUGUAGACCAAUCACAUUAUAUGUAUUAUUCACACAAUAAAAAAGAGUAAACAAAUUCUUUUUCAUUGUUUUA